AGCCGAAGGAGACGGCGCGCGCCCAGCUCUUUCCCGCGUCCCCGCUUACCGACAUUAGGGUUUCGAUCCGUGCCGGCGUCCGCGGGAGGCGGAGGCGUGCUUGCCAGCCGGAGAUGGAGGAGCCUCACUGGGAGAGGGAGCGUCUCCUGGACCUGGCCGUCGACUACGGCUUCGACCGCGACUUCGCCGUAGCCGCCCUCUCCCGCCUCGUCCACCUCUACGGAGAGGGUGGCCAAGAUUUCAUUACUGUGGAGAACUGUGGCGAUGAUUUUAUUGCUGCAUUGGCUGAUGCAACACAACUUACUGAUGACUGGGAUGACCUGAAUGCAAUAGAGACUGAAGCUUGUGGCAAUUUGAAUGAAAUGAUGAGGAAGGGUGUAAAUGAUGAAAAAGGAGGAGUUGUUCUGGACACUCCUUUGUUCAAAAGGGCAGAUUCCUCCAGUCAACAUAAUCCGAAAGGUUUAAAAAUAUCGAGCUUUUCCUCUGAUGAUUCAGAUUUUGACAUAUUUGAUGAAACAAACACCCACCGUGAUAAUAACGUGGGUACCCAGAAGAAGCCACAAACAAGAAACUCUAAAGCUCAGACAAGAAGCUCAACAAAAUCUACUGUGACCAAAGGAACCAAGAGAUAUGAAUCAACAACUCCAGCUUCAAAUAGAGAGGGACAGCCAAAUGCAUGUCUUCGGAAGAGAGAAAUUUUGAGUUAUGAGCAGCUUUCUUCUCUAGAUGACAUCAAUUUGGCCAAUGCUGUCAUCUUUGGCAACAAAAGUUUUAGGCCCCUGCAGUAUGAAGCUUGUAGUGCUGCACUGGACAAUAAAGACUGUUUUAUACUUAUGCCAACAGGUGGUGGCAAAAGCUUGUGUUAUCAGCUCCCUGCAACAUUGCACCCAGGUGUUACCGUUGUUGUGUGUCCAUUGCUGUCACUUAUUCAGGAUCAGGUGGUUGCUUUAACCUUCAAGUUUGGGAUACAAGCAGCAUUCUUGAAUUCUCAGCAAACUUCAGCACAGGCAUCUGCAGUUAUCCAAGAGCUUAGAAAUGGCACACCUUCUUUCAAACUUCUGUAUGUCACACCUGAAAGAAUGGCUGGAAACUAUUCCUUCAUGGAGAUCCUCAAAGGCUUACACCAGAGGGGAUUGCUAGCAAGGUUUGUGAUUGAUGAAGCACACUGUGUAAGUCAAUGGGGACAUGACUUCCGUCCAGAUUACCGAGGCCUAGGAUGCCUCAAACAGCACUUCCCUAGAGUCCCAAUCAUGGCUCUAACUGCAACAGCAACUGAAGCUGUCCGUAAGGACGUCCUCAGUACCUUGAGGAUCCCAAACGCUUUGGUACUUAAGAGGAGCUUUGACAGACACAACCUCAAAUACAUGGUGAUUGGCAAGACGAGAACUCCCCAGAUGCAGCUGGGUGAGCUCCUGAAAGAGCGUUUCAUGAACAUGUCUGGCAUUGUGUAUUGCCUCUCGAAGAACGAAUGUGCAGACACUGCCAAGUUCUUGAGGGAGAAGUACAAGAUAAAAUGUGCGCAUUACCAUGCUGGCUUGGCGGCCCGUCAGCGAAGCAGCGUCCAAGAGAAGUGGCACAGAGGAGAGGUCAAAGUUAUUUGUGCUACAAUAGCCUUCGGCAUGGGGAUUGACAAGCCUGAUGUGAGCUUUGUUGUCCACAACACGCUGUCGAAAUCGAUAGAAAGCUACUAUCAGGAGUCUGGGCGGGCUGGAAGAGAUGGCCUUCCAGCGCAUUGUGUGGUGUUAUAUCAGAAGAAAGACUUCAGCCGCAUCGUGUGCAUGCUGAGGAGUGCUGAUAACUUCAAGAGUGAAACCUUCAAGGUUGCAAUGGACCAAGCAAAGAAAAUGCAGGCGUAUUGCGAGCUGAAGACUGAGUGUCGCAGGCAAACUCUUCUGGGUCACUUUGGCGAACAGUUCAACAGUCAAAGGUGUAAAGAUGGCCCUAGCCCCUGUGACAUCUGUCUGAAGGAAGCUUCAUGAGGGCACUAAGAAAGUGUUGGUCUUAACUCCAUGAUGGCUUGCUACUUAGAAGCUGUGUUCCUACAGAACCAGUACAAGCUUUGUGAUGGUGAUGCACACCGUCACUGUACUUGAUGUUCAGGCUUUACGAUGGAUGCAGAGGACUGGAAGGGGUUAUGUUGAACAUAUUUUGGGAUUUUACCUUAUAGCUCUUCACUGCAUAUAUAAGCGCGUAGCGCGUAACCCUUUUAUGUUUCUCCUCUCGGUUCCUCGAAGUCUUGUUAUAAUCAUAUCAAGAUGUUAAGAGCUGAUUAAGCCUACAUUCAUACCAUAACAAUAGAGGUGUCUUUUCUUUACUCUUA